AUGGCUGACGAGCUGGAUGUUGUUGAUAUCGAAGGAGACGAAUAUGAUCCUAAUUUAGGGUAAGAGCGUUAUAAUGUGUUUCAUUGAUGUGUUAAAAGUCAUGAAUAUACAGUUUAGAUGAUAUUUGGGCGAGUCAAAGAACCAGAGCCAUUAAAUAACCCGUUGGAAACUCAAUAGCCAUGGCUAACACGGUAGACUAGUUAGCUAAAUUACCUAGCUAGUUGACGUCGACAACAGGGUCGUUCAGCUUGAUCAGUAGAUUAUUCGAGCUAUACUGAACAAAAAAAAAAAACGCUACAGUGUAGGUCCCAUAUUUCAUGAGCUAAAUUAAAAUCUCAAAUUUUCCAUACACACAAAAAGCUUAUUUCUCAUUUUGUGCACAAUUGUGUUCACCAUGUUAGUGAGCAUUUCUCCUUAACCUAUCCACAUGACAGGUGUGGCAUAUCAAGAAGCUGAUUAAAUAGCAUGGUCAUUACACAGGUGCACCUUGUGCUGGGGAUAAGAAAAGGCAACUAAAAUGUGCACUUUUGUCACAUAAACAAGGCCACAGAUGUCUCAAGUUGAGGGAGCGCAAUUAGCAUGCUGACUGCAGGAAUGUACAGCAGAGCUGUUGCCAGAGAAUUUAAUAUUACUUUUUCUACCAUAAACCACCUCCCAACGCUGUUUUAGAGAAUUUGGCAGUACAUCAAACCGACCUCACGCCAGCCCAGGACCUCCAUAUCCGUCUUCUUCACCUGCAGGAUCAUCUGAGACCAGCCAGUGAAAUAUCUGGCUCAUUGUUCUAUCUGUGGUAAUAUUGUAGAGUUUCCCUCAUGCCCCUUUUCAUGGCGGAGCUAGCUUGAUACCGACCGAAACAUUAAGCUAGCCAAGACCAACAACACAAACAAACGGACUAUACAGCCACAUUUACAUUUUAGUCAUUUAGCAGACGCUCUUAUCCAGAGCGACUUACAGUUAGUGAAUGCAUACAUUUUUUUAUUUUUCAUACUGGCCCCCCGUGGGAAUCGAACCCACAACCCUGGCGUUGCAAACGCCAUGCUCUACCAACUGAGCUACAUCCCUGCCGGCCAUUCCCUCCCCUACCCUCGACCAAUUGUGCGCCGCCCCAUGGGUCUCCCGGUCGCGGCCGGCUACGACUGGAUUCGAACCAGGAUAUCUAGUGGCACAGCUAGCACUGCCUUAGACCACUGCGCCACUUGGGAGGUUAUUACAAGUAAUAGUGGAGUUACAAACAAACUAUACUUAACAAAUUAAAGGGGAACUGCACCUGCUGAUUUGGCCUCGUUUUUGGGCUUGCUCCUCAAGAAAUGCUGGCGGCCUUGACAGAAACCAAACGUGAGUUGGCUUGGGGGUGUGGUUUGAUGUGGGUGUUUCUUGGGUGUGUCCUUGCCACCACCAAGACACACCCAUCUUUCAGAACCUUGCCCGCAGCUGUUUCCUUCACUCACGCGCCUACAGGGUGGGUCAACUCCCACCGCGCGUUGUAGGCCUGGAUUAUCCCGCAGUAUGAGCCUCUUUUCUGGUGAGGUGGCCUCCCUGUCUUCCUACCCUAAACUGAGUUAGCAGUGGAGCCCUCACUUUAUCAACCCGGGUCACCCCUCUUGGUCUAUCCCUGCUUGCCACAAAGGUUAGCGCACUUCUUCCUACUGUUAACAGUUCACGGGUAGUUUGUGACAAGGUAUACUACGCGUCAGCGGGGGCUAUUUUUGUGUACAACACCAACGAGCAAUUCAACAUUUAUUUAUAAUCCGCUCUGCACUAUUUUAGUGAGCCCCGGCUCUUACUGCGUGUUAUCUCGCCGUUCACGCAGGAUACUUUCAGCCACGGGUUUAUACCAUUUGUAUAAACACGCCAUAAUCUCAGACACUCCUGCCAGCGGCUGGUCCUCCCUUUCUAGUUGAGGCGUAGUCACACUCGCUAAAUCCUGGGUAUAGGGUUUCAGCUAAAAGUAAUUUCUUGAAAUUACUACUUAGCUGAAAGCAGGGGUUUGGAUACUCAGUACUCCUUUUGUUUGCUUUUUACACAGUUACCCUCAAGCUCCUCUGUGGUUUCCUGCUUGAGCCCACAAUAUGGUCUGGCUGUGGGCCACCUAAGGUGUACCCCCUGAGCCUAUAGUUGUUAUAAUGCAACUUUUCUUCUUUAGCACUUUAUUCAACAAAUCAUUUAACUAGUUAAUGAAAACCAGUAACACUUCUCUUUUGGUUUCACAACUGAUGGAUUUUAUUGUUUUUUUUUAUAAAGCAAUUACAAUGCAGUAGCUUCUAACAGUAGUAAUUAAAUUCUGUUUUUACCUUACCCACAAAAGUCUUCUAACUUCUAAUACAUCAAUCAGCUCCUGAUCUGUCUUCCCCAGAAUCUCCGCUCCUGAUCUGUCUUCCCCAGAAUCUCCGCUCCUGAUCUGUCUUCCCCAGAAUCUCCGCUCCUGAUCUGUCUUCCCCAGAAUCUCCGCUCCUGAUCUGUCUUCCCCAGAAUCUCAGAUUCCUGAUCUGUCUUCCCCAGAAUCUCCGCUCCUGAUCUGUCUUCCCCAGAAUCUCCGCUCCUGAUCUGUCUUCCCCAGAAUCUCAGAUUCCUGAUCUGUCUUCCCCAGAAUCUCCGCUCCUGAUCUGUCUUCCCCAGAAUCUCAGAUUCCUGAUCUGUCUUCCCCAGAAUCUCAGAUUCCUGAUCUGUCUUCCCCAGAAUCUCAGAUUCCUGAUCUGUCUUCCCCAGAAUCUCAGAUUCCUGAUCUGUCUUCCCCAGAAUCUCCGCUCCUUCAAAUGUCUUUUACAUUGGUUUUUAUACCCCUUUUUUGCCCAAGUCCAUGCCUCCUUUGACUACAGCCACACAACACAUCCUCCCCCCUACAUGUGACGUUUAAGAAAAGUUACGUAAUACAUUGUCUCCUUUACACGUGAUGUCUACACAGUCAGGUAACACAUUGGUUCCUUCGUAGGUGACAACAAUCCGUAGUGUCAUCUGCUUCAUGGCCCACGUGCCAUCAGGCAACUCUACCAACUCCAUCCCAGGGCCGAGGUUUGACUGGGGUCUCUCUGCCCUCCGGCUGAGGAUCAUCUGCAUACAGUCUACCAGCACCCGUCAUUUCCUCUGCCUUUGACUGGGUCUUGCUGCUCUCUAGCAGCUUGUGGUUGAGGCCUCUUCCUGUCUUUCCGCUUCUUCUUGUUCUUUCUUGUCUCAGUGUUAGCCCGAGUUCUGUCUGAGGACUGGAGGAGUUAUCAGGUCAUAUUGACUAGGCUCAUUCACGACACGUGCCAUUGCCCGGUUCAACCCGGGCCAGCGUAAUAGAACUCCCUCAAUGAAGGGAAGCAGAGGGGCGAUUUGCACGUGGAGCUUGGCAAAGGGGGGAAUGAUUUGUUGACAUAAUUGUAAUCCAAAACCAACCUUCUCCGUUUUAGACGAGACUGACUAUGACCAAAAUUAUCUUAUUUAACUUUGUAGUCAAUUUUGACACAAUAAUAAAUGUUUGACUCAUAUCGAUGCCACAGAUCGUUUUCUAAGGGAUUCGUUGGUUUUUAGAGGCAGUCGCUCUUUAAAUGUCUUACCUGUGAUGAAAUGUGUAGCCUACUUGGACACCGGGUCCCCACAAUUUCCCAAUCUAACCACAGUGCUCAUCUCACAGUCUCAAUUGUACAUUAAACAACACAGAGGCUUUUCAGCAUGUUUUGUUAUUUCAGUAUAACAAAAAAUGUACGACGAAGUUGUCUCUUACAAUGGGGCUCAAUGGGAAAGAAUGUUUGUUUCGUGGUCGAGGGGAAUUCCUUCUUAUGACAUGAAUAUCGACUCGUAGUCCAUGUGAAAGCCGACAUUCUUGACACCCCACUCCACUGUCUAUGCUGCAGCAGAUAUUUGUUAUAGACCAGGGAUGUGAUUUUUUUUUCUGAUUAAUCAGGAAUUCCUGCUUUUCUGACAUUUAUCCUCCAUUCAUAUAUAAUAGAAACUAACCUAUCCCCUAGCCAAAAUAGAGAUUUUCCUGCUUUUCUAUGUUCUCCUUGUUAUUACGUGAUAGUAAUGCAUAGCUAAUAACUAUCAUUCCUAUUUCAGGGACUUCGGUGACAGAGCAGUGUUACUCCAGAACCAGUACAUGCUGUCAGCAUGGAAGACCAAUAUUGGGGUCCUAGUAAGAAGUGUUACUACCUAAGGAAUAUGAUACAAUGGAAGUUAAGUGGGUACUCUGUGUAUUGUGUAUUGUGUGUGUUGACUCUCUCUCUAUCCUCUAUAGCUGUGGGAACUGGACAGCUCCAUCAGUGCAGAGAACAGAGAAGUGAUAGAGAACAUGCUGCUGGAGGAACAGUAUCCUUCUCCUGGACCAUAGACCAUACACACACCUCUGUUCAGAUUUUGAUGUUUGUUUGUCUGUCUUGAUAUAAGAUGUGUCCUAGACCUUAAGCACUUCUCUAGGUAUUAUUUGACAGGUAAAGAGAUGCCCAAGAGUGUGUGGGCCAACGUGCCACCUAACCCUAAACCCAAAUUGAAGAGGUUAGUCAUGUUUCCUUAUGUGUGAACUCUUCUGGACAUAUUGUGUUGUACCCUCUGACGUGAUACUGUGACUGCCGUGUUGUCCCCAGGUCUCCAGCCAAGUCCUCAGCUUCAGGCUCCUCUACAGCCACUCGCUGGUCUCAGCAGGAGAAGGAGCUGUUUGAGACAGGACUGGUAUGACCCUCUUCCCUCUCUCCUCUCCUGUCUCAUCGAUCUUAAAUGACUCCCUACUUUCUAUAUGCCCUGAACCCCCAGGCUCAGAUUGGCCGUAGAUGGACUAAGAUCUCCAAGCUGGUAGGCAGCCGGACCGUUCUCCAGGUGAAGAGCUACGCCAGACAGUACUUCAAACACAAGGUAGCACUGUCCUCUAGUCUACACCUCUCCCAGCUCAGCCAACCAGGCUAUAUUUGAGAUAUCCUCCUGUCUCUGGCCUCUCUCAUCAUCCUCUCACCAUUUCAGUCUCCCCCUCCUCUCUGCCUGCAGGCUAAAUCAGAGGGCAAUACUACUGCUGUGGUGCCUUCUACAGCCCCAGUGGUGUUAGGCCAGGUCCCAGAGACAGGGUCAGCAGUGUCCACCUCUGGCCUGUCUGUCCCCAGCCACCUGUCAGCUCUGACCAACGCUGUCCGGAUAGAGAGACUGGGUGACGAAGAGGAGGAGGAGGUGGACAUCACUGAUGACCUCAGCGAUGAGGGCGGGAGUGGAGGAGGGGAUGGAGGGAUGGGAGAAGAAAACGGACGAGAAAACAGAUGGAUUGAGGGGAAUGGAGAGGACCUCCAGGCAGGAGUUAAUACUGAGACAUGUGAGCCUGGAGCCCCAGAGGAGCUGGACAACCAGGGAGAGACCCACCAGGACCAACCCAACCAGACACACCCCAGGCUGGGAGAGACUGAUCAGGAGCAGCCUAACUGUAGCCCUCCAUCCUCCCUCACAGCUCCUUCCCCCUGCCUAACAGAGCAGGCUCCCAGCGGACAGUGUGAGGGGGGCACUGCUGAGCCCCAGAGAGACCCAGUAGAGUCUGGAGAGGAAACAGGGGGGUCUAGGUGGGCAGGGGAUGGGGAGGAGUCUGGAGAGGAAGAGGAGGAGCUUAAAGCCCCAGAGCAGGAAGUGGAGCUGGACCCGGCAACCAUCACAGAGGAGGAGAAACAAGCUAUUCCAGAAUUCUUUGAGGGACGACCAUCCAAAACCCCAGAGAGAUAUCUGAGGAUCAGGAACUACAUCCUGGACCAAUGGUACACACACACAUAAAUAAUAAUAAUAAUAAUAUGCCAUUUAGCAGACGCUUUUAUCCAAAGCGACUUAAAGUCAUGUGUGCAUACAUUUUUACAUAUGGGUGGUCCCGGGGAUCGAACCCACUACCCUGGCGUUACAAACGCCGUGCUCUACCAAUUGAGCUACAGAGGACCACAUACACACACACAACCAAUCAGAGACAUCAAGGUUUCAUUUUCAACAUGCUUUUUGUGUGUGUUUGUCUCAGGUUGAAGAGUAAGCCCAGGUACUUGAACAAGACGUCAGUGCGUCCUGGCCUGAAGAACUGUGGAGAUGUCAACUGUAUUGGCAGAAUACACACCUACCUGGAGUUGAUAGGAGCCAUCAACUUCAACUGUGGUAACUAGGACUCACUACCAGUGUGUCGUUGAUUGUCUCUUUCUUUUUCUCAGUCUCUAUCUCUCUUAGUUGUGCUAAUUGUUCUGAUUACAUUUUUUUGUCUGAUUUGUGUAUUCUGUCUCCCCCCUCCUCCAGACCAGGCGGUGUAUAACCGUCCCAGGGUGGUGGAUCGGUCCAAACCCAGAGACAGCAGAGACACUCUGGAAUACCAGCUGGCACAGAGACUACAGAGCAUGGUGAGACAACCCAUGACCUCUGACCUCUAUAACCUCUGACCACCUACUGUCCCUCAGACCCCUCUAGCUGGCCCAGACGGCAACACUUAGCUAUGUUAGCUAUUUGUCCGGCUUAGGUUUAUAUGUCAUUUAUAUGUUUUAUUAAAGGUCCCUAUACCCUUCUAUUACAGUACUGUUAUACUUAUAUUACAGUUCUAUGUCAGGUUUAUGAUGGCUCUUCAUAAGGUGUAUGUGAGGUGUCUGUGACCUGUUAUAGGUGUAUGGCAUGCUGUUAAUGGGUUGUUGAUUGGUUGUGUGUUGUAGCGAACCAGGAAGCGUCGUGUGAGGGACUUGUGGGGGAACUGGCAUGACGCUAAAGACCUGGAGGGACAGACAUUCGAGCAUCUGAGUGCAGAGGAGCUAGCCCUGAGGAGAGAGGAGAUGAGGAGACAGUCUAAAUCCUGUAAGGUCUCCAGGUGCAAAAGGUGUGGGUGAUGUAUACUACCAAUUUAUGCGUGUGUGUGUGGUCACGAAACACUGUGGAUCCUUUUAAAUGUGUACUGUGCGUGACAUGCCUUAAAAGUCUCUCUCUCCAUCAUCAGGUUGUUGGAUCCGUUCCAGUUGAUUCCGUGCCGUAUGUUUGGAGAGGACAGACAGGAGCCCUUCCAGGUGCUAGUUUGUGCUGAGGCUCUCCUCAUCAUGGACAUGGUAAGUACUGAUGGGUUCUGACUUCUAAACUUGAAACUUGAAAUAUGAAAUAUCCUUAUUCAUGUUACUGAGGGGGAGAGAGGGGAAUGCAGAACGUUUACAUUCUGUCAUAACAUGUUAUUGUUAGAUAUUAGGUAUCCUAUGGAGAGGAGAAGAGCCACAGUCUGGGUUCAAUUGUUUGGUUGUAAUUUGAAAUACUUGCUACACCAGAAGUUAAUGGUUAUAUGUAGGAGGAAUGUAUAUGGUGGGGUCACUGAUAAGGGUAGAUCGCUGUGGAUUAGUGAGGAAUGGGGGCCGAGGUCAGGUCACAUGAAGGAACAAUUUAUUACCCACAUCACUUAACUUCCUGCCUAGCAACAAAGAUGUCAUAUUUAGAGAAAAGGAGGAGACUCCACCUAAAGUGGGGUAUAAAUACUUGUGCUGGUGGGAACAGGUCUUUGUCUUAUGCAGCUGUGUGACCUAGUGGGUGAAUAAACUUGGUUUGAGCUUUACUAGUCGUCCAUGAGUUUUACUCUGUUUAUUAAGAAUCUAACAGUACAUACAUCUACACAUAUAUUUAAUAAAGGACUCUCUUCAUAAAGUACUGUGUAAUAGAGUACUAUCUUAUCUAAUAUAGCAACUAUGUUUACACAUGAACACACAGAGAGAGAUAUCAGUGUGGGUUGUUUACCAAGGCUUAGGUCUUAGGGCUCAGUGUCUUUUGUUUGUAUUUUUACCCAGCAUGCUCAUGUGUCGAUGGAAGAGGUUAUCGGGCUACUGGGAGGAGCUUACAGCGAGGAGGAGGACAAAGUCCUGAAGGUGAGACAACCAUCGUGGUGGUGAUCAUAAAGAAAAUACUGAUAACACUAGUGUAAUGACGUCUUGGCAUUCUCUCAACCAGCUUCAUGAGGUAGUCACCUGGAAUGCAUUUCAAUUAACAGGUGUACCUUCUUAAAAGUUAAUUUGUGGAAUUUAUUUCCUUCUUAAUGCGUUUGAGCCCAUCAGUUGUUUUGUGACAAGGUAGGGGGGGUAUACAGAAGAUAGUAUGGACUUGGUCUUUUACCAAAUAGGGCUAUGGCAAGAACAGCUCAAAUAAGCAAAGAGAAACAACAGUCCAUCAUUACUUGAAGGCAUGAAGGUCAGUCAAUAUGGAACAUUCCAAGAACUUUGAAAGUUUCUUCAAGUGCAGUCGCAAAAACCAUCAAGCGCUAUGAUGAAACUAGCUCUCGUGAGGACCGCGGCAGGAAUGGAAGACCCAGAGUUACCUCUGCUGCAGAGGAUAAGUUCAUUAGAGUUACCAGCCUCAGAAAUUGCAGCCCAAAUAAAUGCUUCACAGAGUUCAAGUAACAGCCACAUCUCAACAUCAACUGUUCAGAGGAGACUGCGUGAAUCAGGCCUUUAUGGUCGAAUUACUGCAAAGAAACCACUACUAAAGGACACCAAUAAUAAGAAGAGACUUGCUUGGGCCAAGAAACACGAGCAAUGGACAUUAGACCGGUGGAAAUGUGUCCUUUGGUCUGGAGUCCAAAUGUGAGAUUUUUGGUUCCAACCGCCGUGUCUUUGUGAGACGCGGUGUGGGUGAACGGAUGAUCUCUGCAUGUGUAUUUCCCACCAUAAAGCAUGGAGGAGGAGGUGUUAUGGUGUGGGGGUGCUUUGCUGGUGAUACUGUCUGUGAUUUUUUUGAAUUCAAAGCACACUUAACCAGCAUGGCUACCACAGCAUUCUACAGCGAUACGCCAUCCCAUCUGGUUUGGGCUUAGUGGGGCUAUCAUUUGUUUUUCAACAGGACAAUGACCCAACACACCUCCAGGCUGUGUAAGGGCUAUUUUACCAAGAAGGAGAGUGAUGGAGUGCUGCAUCAGAUGACCUGGCCUCCACAAUCCCCCAACGUCAACCCAAUUGAGAUGGUUUAGGAUGAGUCGGAGUAAAAGGAAAAGCAGCCAACAAGUGCUCAGCAUAUGUGGGAACUCCUUCAAGACUGUUGGAAAAGCAUUCCAAGUGAAGCUGGUUGAGAGAAUGCCAAGAGUGUGCAAAGCUGCCAUCAAGGCAAAGGGUGGCAGUUUGAAGAUUCUCAAAUAUAAAAUAUAUUUUGAUUUGUUUAACACUUUUUUUGUUUACUACAUGAUUCCAUAUGUGUUAUUUCAUAAUUUUGAUGUCUUCACUAUUAUUUUACAAUGUAAAAAAUAGUACAAAUAAAGAAAAACCCUUGAAUGAGUAGGUGUGUCCAAACUUUUGACUGGUAGUGUAAGUAUUCAGACCAUUUACUCAGUGUUUUGUUGAAGCACCUUUGGUAGCGAUUACAGCUUCGAGUCUUCUUGGGUGUGUCUCUCUGUAUCUAUGAAUGUGUGUGUCUAUGUCCUAGAUCGUUGCAGCGGAGCCGUGUAACAGUGUGAGUACAGGUCUGCAGUGUGAGAUGGACCCGUUGUCUCAGACUCAGGCCUGUGAGAUGCUGUCUAGCCUGGGCUUGGCUGUAGUGGGAUGGUACCACUCUCACCCCACCUUCCACCCUAACCCCUCUCUACGGGAUAUACACACACAGGACCAGUUCCAGGUACAUAUAGGUGUGUGUGUGUGUGUGUGCGCACGCAUGUACGUGUGUUCUGACUCUGCCACUCUCUCUCAGAGUUAUUUCUCUCGAGGCGGAGCCCCCUUUAUUGGGAUGAUCGUGAGUCCGUUUGACCCCGCUAACCCCUCCCCCCGUUCCCAGACCACCUGCCUGAUGGUCAGAGAGGACCAAGGACCUACAGGACCACAGAGUACGACACACACAUCUCUUUCACAACCCAUUAUCAACUUGGUAGGAAAAAAAUAUAAAUAUAUAUUGUAUAGUAUGAGCAUGCAUAUUCAUCCUCUCUCUCCCUCUACCUCUCUCUUUCUCUUUCUCUCCUUACCUUUCUCAGAGCUGCCCUACAGGUUUGACUACCAGUGUUCCCAGCAGCAGCCUGACUGGAGCCAGUUGAUGAGGAGGGCAGAGUGGAUCAUGUACAAAUAUAAACAUGCCCACUGCAGUGUCCAGAUGGACAGGCUGUUCCGCAGGGACUCUAAUCUCACCUGUCUCGAGAAGGUAGGUUACACUGCCUCCUUGGCUCAUAUCUCUGUCUCACCUAUAGAGAUUGAGGACUCUAGUGCCCAAAAGCCUGUUUUAGCAUUGGCAGUGCCAUUGAGGACUUUCGCCAAUUUGUAAGUCGCUCUGGAUAAGAGCGUCUGCUAAAUGACUUAAAUGUAAAAGUAGUCAACUGGGUGGAAUUUCCUAUGGGUUAAGGAAGGAUCACAUAAUUCCAUCCGGUUCAUCAGGAGGGAUCAGCCAAUUAAUUAUACUCGUGAGCAAACAUUCCAUAACUGCAGGUGGCAUUAAAUUGCCAACCUUGUCUUUAUACCAGUUGUCUUCAAACCACACUCCAGGUGGCAGUAUGCACCGUUUCAGUUUGUUUACCAACUCACAGAUGCCAUAAUGGGACAGAUGCAAAGAAGAGUCCUCUAUAAUUCUCUAUGGUCUCACCCCUCCUCUCUGUCUUCUGUCCUUUCUCAUCUCGCGCUCUCAUACCUGCCUCACUUCUAUCUCUCAACCCUUGUCUCAACCUUGAAUCCCAUAACUUUCCAAUCCCUGUCUCACCCACUGUCUCCUUCCCGUCUCACCCUCCGUCUCUCUCUGUAGAUGAUGGCAUCUUUAGGGAGGUAUCUGGAGCCCCUGCCAGAGGAGGGAGAUCCCUUCCUUUCCCAGAUCCAUGCUCUCUUCCAGUCUCACUUAGUUUCGAGCAACCCAGAGACCAGGAUGAGGGCGGAACCUUUAGCUCCUCAGAGACAAUCAACACCCAUGCCUUCACCUUCACUCAGCCAAUCAACAUCAACGGAACAGAAGACACAGGAGCACAGGAAGAUGGGAGAAUGAAUCUGUCUCUCCAACUGAUCAUUUAGAAACGCCUAAUAUAGAAACUAUUAACUCACACACAGCUAACCAAGAGAGCUUACAUCCAAUACAGUUUGGUUCUGUGUUGUUGACUGGUCAUGAUUAUCUAUUCUGAAUCUAAUAGGUUUCUUUAUGUAUCCAGUUCUU